UAAUUUGACAUUUUAGUAGCGGUAUUUCAUAUUUGUUUACUAAUUUAAAAAGUAAAUGGUUAUAAAGAAAUUUAGAAACUAAAAUGAAGGAAUCUAAACAAACUCAGACUCCUAUAGAAGAUUUAGCAGAAUUACGAAGUUAUUUUGCGAGUCAUAAUGUUGUGCGGGAGUAUAUAGCCCAUAGCUCCAAAGUACAUUCUGUUGGCUGGUCUUGCGAUGGUAGAAGAUUAGCUUCGGGUUCUUUUGAUAAAAGUGUCGCGAUUUUUAACUUGGAGAGAAAUAGACUAGCACAAGAUUUUAUAUUCAAAGGACAUACUGGUUCAGUUGAUCAACUGUGCUGGCAUGCCUCACAUCCUGAUUUAUUGAGUACGGCCAGUGGAGACAAGUCAGUGCGAAUAUGGGACACUCGAUCACAUAAAUGCGCAGCAGCAAUUUCAACAAAGGGAGAAAACAUAAAUAUAGCAUGGUCGCCAAGUGGAGCCACGAUUGCUGUCGGGAACAAGGAGGACCUUGUGUCAUUUAUAGAUGCUCGCAAUUACAAAGUGGUUGUUGAAGAGCAGUUCAAUUUUGAAGUAAACGAAAUCUCAUGGAACAGCACAUCAGAUCUCUUUUUCUUGACUAAUGGACUGGGCUGCGUCCAUAUUCUCACCUACCCGGGCCUGGAGCUGCAGACGGUGCUGAAGGCGCACCCCGGCACGUGUAUCUGCAUCGAGCACGACCCCACGGGCCGGUACUUCGCCACGGGCUCCGCUGACGCGCUCGUGUCCCUGUGGGAUGUUAACGAGCUUGCCUGUCUCAGGGUCUUCUCCAGACUUGAAUGGCCGGUGCGCACUCUGUCGUUUAGUUUUGACGGAAGACUCCUGGCUUCAGCGAGUGAAGAUCACAUUAUUGAUAUUGGUGAUACUGAAACAGGAGAAAAAGUAGCAGAAAUACCGGUACAAGCAGCCACGUUCACAGUAGCUUGGCAUCCAUCCAGAUACUUAGUGGCAUUCGCUUGUGAAGACAAGGAGCCCCCGGAGAGGAAACGGGACGCCGGCAACGUCAAGUUGUGGGGUCUCGGCAGUAGUUAGUGUUAGUGGUUAUAAAUGUGAAUUGAUUUAAGUGAAUUAAACUUUCUCGUCUGA